AUGAUGCAGAGCGCAUCUGUCCCCGCGGAGGGGGCUGUCAAGGGGCUCCCGGAGAUGCUUGGUGUGCCGAUGCAACAGAUCCCCCAGUGCGCCGGCUGCAACCAGCAUAUCCUGGACAAGUUCAUCCUGAAGGUCCUGGACAGACACUGGCACAGCUCCUGCCUCAAGUGUGCAGACUGCCAGAUGCAGCUGGCGGACAGGUGCUUCUCCAGGGCCGGGAGCGUCUACUGCAAGGAGGACUUCUUCAAGCGCUUCGGCACAAAAUGCACGGCCUGCCAGCAGGGCAUCCCCCCGACCCAGGUGGUCCGCAAGGCGCAGGACUUCGUCUACCACCUGCACUGCUUCGCCUGCAUCAUCUGUAACCGGCAGCUGGCCACAGGGGACGAGUUCUACCUCAUGGAGGACGGGCGACUGGUGUGCAAGGAGGACUACGAGACGGCCAAGCAGAACGACGACUCAGAGGCCGGAGCUAAGCGGCCCCGGACCACCAUCACAGCGAAGCAGCUGGAGACGUUAAAGAAUGCCUACAAGAACUCCCCCAAGCCCGCCCGACACGUGAGGGAGCAACUUUCCUCGGAGACGGGCCUGGACAUGAGGGUCGUCCAGGUUUGGUUUCAGAACAGAAGGGCCAAGGAGAAGCGCCUGAAGAAGGACGCGGGACGGCAUCGCUGGGGCCAGUUCUACAAGAGCGUCAAGAGGAGCCGGGGAGGCAGCAAGCAGGAGAAGGAGAGCUCUGCCGAGGACUGUGGGGUUAGUGACAGUGAGCUGAGCUUCCGAGAGGAUCAAAUUCUCUCAGAACUUGGCCACACCAAUAGGAUUUAUGGCAACGUGGGGGACGUUACAGGCGGACAGUUAAUGAAUGGGAGCUUCUCCAUGGACGGGACAGGACAAUCCUAUCAGGACUUGAGGGAUGGGAGCCCCUAUGGAAUCCCCCAGUCUCCAUCCUCCAUAUCGUCCCUGCCAUCCCACGCUCCUUUGCUCAAUGGGCUGGAUUACACGGUGGACAGUAAUUUGGGCAUCAUUGCGCAUGCAGGGCAGGGAGUAAGCCAGACGCUGAGAGCCAUGGCUGGGGGACCCACCUCUGACAUCUCCACAGGAAGCAGUGUAGGCUAUCCCGACUUUCCAACUAGCCCAGCCUCUUGGCUUGAUGAAAUGGAUCAUCCUCCUUUUUAA